AGAAGUCUUGAGUUGAAAACGCUGCGAAACGCAGUAUCUUGAACGAACCUAACCAGGGCCCCCAUCGGCUAAGCCCGCGCAACACGCCCGGAAAGGCGAUCGAUAUAAAACGACGUGCCCGGCCACGCCAGGGAGCGUGCGAGGCGAGCGAGGGAUCCAUCGUCCGAGGCGCGAACUCUACCCAGCGCGCAACUUUUAACUUCCCCUACCCACACGAGCUCCAGCCGAGCCGCGAAACGCACGACUGCUCUCCUCUUCUCGGGCGAACCGAAUCCCCCACUCUCGCCCCCCACGUUCUCCGAGCGCAGUUGCUCGCUCGCGUGGGCGCGCGCGGCGGGCGGCGGCGCACGGACGGAGGCUUGCGGCGAAGGCAAGCCAGCUAGCGAAGCGUCGGCCCCCGCCCGAUCGAUUCCCGGCCGGGCCUCUCUCUCCCCGAUCGCAACCGACCGACCGAUCGAUCAGGCUCCUAUCCUUGGGCCGUACCACGUCGCCGAACGAGGCCGGCCGGCCAUGGCAGUGGCGGCGGCACCAGCGGCGGCGUCCUCCGUCGGCCCCGACCCGUCGUCCUCGUCCGUGGCGCACCGGCGCCGCCUCACCGACGUCGAGCGGCCGGACGCCGACGGCUGCGGCAGGCACCGCGGGGUCCGGGCGCUGUUCUCCGUGAGGAGGAGCUACGGCAAGAGGGCGUCGUCCGUGGUCGACCAGGCGUGGGUGCGCAACGCGGUGGCGUCGCUGCUGGGCCUCCUCGUCCUCGUCGGGCUCCUCGGCUCGCACCGGGCCGUCGGCGGCGGCGACGGCGACGGCGGGAGGCUGCUGCGGAGGGUGGACGGGGAGGCGCUGGGCUGGCGGGAGGAGAACCUGACGGCCCUCGCUCGCCGGUCGCCCGACACGCCGAUUCCCAAGAUAUGGACGAUGCCAGCUAGCGAGGGUUACAGCAAAUGCAUCGAACGCCCGAGAAACCACCGCAGAACAAACAAUGCAACAGCUGGCUAUAUUAUGGUUGAUGCCAAUGGUGGACUGAACCAGAUGAGAAUGGGAAUAAGCGAUAUGGUUGCAGUUGCUAAGCUCAUGAAUGCGACACUAGUAAUCCCUACACUGGAUCACAGAUCAUUUUGGACCGAUCCAAGUGAUUUCGAAGAUAUAUUUGAUGUGGAGCAUUUCAAGAAAACUCUAGAGAAUGAUAUUGUGAUUGUGGACUCCUUGCCGCCAGCUUACAGAAGGUCGAAACUCUAUAUGAGGGCACCAUCUUCCUGGUCCAGGGCUUCUUACUACAGAGCUUUCACGAGGACACUAAAGAAGGUCAAAGUUGUUAGAUUCACACAUACAGAUUCACGAAUUGUCAACAACGGUCUUGCUCCUCAUAUCCAACAACUCCGCUGCCGAACGAAUUACGAGGCACUAAAAUACAAGAAAGAAAUUGAAGAUCUAGGUAAUACUCUAGUUGAUAGACUGAGGAAUGGGUCCAACCAUUAUAUCGCACUUCAUUUAAGAUAUGAGAAGGACAUGCUCUCAUUUACUGGCUGCAGCCAUAAUCUAACACGUCAGGAGGCAGAGGAGCUGAGAGAAAUGAGACUCAAGGUGCGGCACUGGAAAGAAAAGGAAAUUAACAGCAAGGAGAGGCGACUUCAAGGAGGCUGCCCUAUGACUCCUCGUGAAGCAGCUCUUUUUCUUAAAGCUAUGGGCUAUCCUUCCACGACAAAUAUCUACAUUGUAGCAGGUGAAAUAUAUGGUGGGCAUAGCAUGGACGAAUUAAAGGCCGCAUAUCCAAAUGUCUACACACAUUAUAGUCUAGCAACAGUAGAUGAAUUAGAGCCCCUCAAGCCGUACCAAAACAGAUUAGCUGCAGUGGACUACAAUGUAGCCCUCCAGAGUGAUGUUUUUGUGUAUACAUAUGACGGAAAUAUGGCCAAAGCAGUACAGGGUCAUAGAAGAUUUGAAGGAUUCCGGACAACCAUUAACCCUGACAGGCAGAAGCUUGUGGAGCUCAUUGACAAGCUUGAUGAGGGUACAAUUACUUGGAACGACUUUCAAAGCAAAGUGAAAACACAUCAUGAAAACAGACUUGGAGGUCCAUAUCAGAGGUUGUCUGGUCAAAGUCCCAGGCAAGAGGAGCAUUUUUAUGCAAAUCCUCUCCCAGGGUGCUUGUGCAAAAAAACACAAAGGAUUUAGCGACAUGGACUUACUCUAAAGAGGUGGGGACUGGGGAUAUUUCAGCCCUCUUCGCUGCAUGUGAGAUGUGAAAUGGAAAUAGGUAGACAUCUCUUAGGAUGAUUGAGAUAAACCAAAUAGUGCAACUCCUAGUAAUCUGACAGCAACAUACCACAGAUUAUUUUCCAGACUAUGUAUGCAAUACUCGUUCUUGCAUAUGGAGGUGGGAAAGAGAGGUUCACUAAUUGUCCUCCGAGAAGUGCAUUUUCAACAAAUUGGUUAUUCAAGUGUACGAUGGAUCGGAAGACAAAGAGAUUUCGAGUAGUUUCAGAGGACAUAUGUACAACAGAGGAUAGGAUUAGCAAGACAGAAGACUUUCGAUACAUGUUUGUACUUCGUUUAUACUGUGAAUGUACAGUCUUUGCUCUCUUUUUUAAAAUUUUGUAUUCAUUUAGGAAGUAUCGACUUUAUUCAGGAUGGAUUUGUGUAUAUGCAAUAUUUAUCAGCUACAGACCAAGUUGUAACCGGCAAGUGAUGAAUAAUAAUAAGAAGAAAAUAACCUUGUUCAUUACUUCA